CCCAACAUUUUCCUCGUGCCGUCGGUUCUUCUUCGGGUUCUCUCUCCCUCCCCAAGCAAACCCUCUCUCUGAUCUCUCUCUCUCUCUCUCUCUCGCUUGGAUCAGAGGCCUACGGCCCUACAGUUGUUUUACUUGGGGAGUAUCAAAGAAUGGGCAGGUCUCGAUGCUGCGAGAAGGAGGGGCUGAAGAAAGGGCCCUGGACCCCUGAGGAUGACCAGAAGCUUUUGGCUUACAUCGAAGAACAUGGCCAUGGAAGCUGGCGAGCUUUGCCCGCAAAGGCUGGGCUACAGAGAUGUGGGAAGAGCUGUAGGCUGAGAUGGACCAAUUACCUCAGACCUGAUAUCAAAAGAGGAAAGUUCAGCUUGCAGGAAGAACAGACCAUCAUUCAGCUUCAUGCUCUUCUUGGGAACAGAUGGUCGGCAAUUGCAACGCACUUGCCCAAGAGAACCGACAACGAGAUUAAGAACUACUGGAACACACAUCUUAAGAAAAGACUAACUAAAAUGGGUAUCGAUCCCAUGACCCACAAGCCCAAAACGGAUGCCCUCGGCUCUGGAAGAUGGGACUCCAAAGACGCAGCAAAUUUAAGCCACAUGGCUCAGUGGGAGAGCGCAAGGCUCGAAGCCGAGGCCAGACUGGUAAGGGAGUCGAAGCUGCUUGUGUCCAACCCUAUUCAACAGCAGGCCAUGAUCUCCUCUGCUCCUGCUCAGAACAUCAAUAAAACCCUCGCUCAACCCGCACUGCCACCAUGCCUUGACGUGCUCAAAGCAUGGCAAGGGUUAUGGUCAAAGUCAACGGGAGCCGGCAUAUUCCCAGUCGCCGGAGACGACCUUGAGUCUCCGACAUUCAAGUUGAACUUCUCGGUGAACGCAUUCCCCAUCGAAAGUACUGUUGCGCUCACUGAAAACCAAGUGGCCGGAGCACUUGAUUUCGCCUCCAAUAGCUCGGUUACAUGCGGAGUUGGGAUUACCAAAGAAGUCUGUCAAAUGCCAGAAGAACUCAAAGAAAGAUUGGAUAACACAAUGUCAUUGCAGGAAAUGACGUACACCACGGAAAGUGCAUGGUUUGCGGAUUCCUUUAGGGCUAUGAGUGAAAACAUGACGCCUCUCUCAAAUAUCGUGGAAGGUUUCACUGAUAUCUUGGCCUAUAACUGUGACGACAAGAACUCAUUGUUGGCCGGAGACAACAUUAUGGAAAAUGGAGAUAAAACCUGCAGCGGUAACUUUGAGGAGAAUAAUAAUCAUUACUGGAACAGCAUACUCAAGCUAAUGAAUGCUUCGUCGUCUGGUUCUCCUGUGUUUUAUUCUAAUAAAUAA